CACAACAGUCCCUUGAUUGGUGACUAAUAAGUGCAAUGCAAUUUAUUGCAAGAUGACCUUCUGCUGUUUUUUUUCAAAUCAUCACCUUGUAAAAAAUAACAUCCUUAUCGCGAUCAAAAAACGCAAGCAGUGGGUUGGUUGUAAUAUAUGUUUUCAAUCAGAUUGCUUAAUGAACUAUUGACAUGGUUUAAAUAAUAUGAGCUGUACAUAUAAUGUCGAUUAUGUCAAAGAUCAUAAUGAAGUGCAGCAGUCUGCCUGUGUAUAUGGUAAAAACAAGAGAAGAUGGGAUACGAAGUCUCGUGAAAUGCAAGUGGAUAUAAAAUGCAAAAUUAAAUAAAAAGUUGCUUAGUUCUGCCGGUGCAUCGCGCUUCGUGCUAGUGAUUUAAUUUCGGACAUUGGAAUGAAGGUAAGCCGGAUUUGAACAUCAUUAAAUAUAUCCAGACUAUGAAGGUCUUCGUUUUUCUAUUAAGCAGUGCUACUGUGAUAAUGAGUAACUGUAUAGAUUUAGAAUGCCCCAUAGUGGCAACAAAGAAUGGCUUAGUAGAAGGAACACAAGAAUUUUCAGAGAUGGGGAAAGUCUACUAUGCUUUUAAAGGCAUACCAUUCGCAAAACCGCCCAUUGGUGAAAGGAGGUUUAAGCCUCCAGAAAGACCGGAUAAUUGGACGGAUAUUUACUUAGCCAAAGAAAAUGCUGCACAUUGCUUGCAGAAGAAUUAUUUAUUCCGUCAUCCAAAGGUAGAAGGAUCAGAAGACUGCUUAUAUUUAAAUGUGUACACCCCACAGAUCAGGCCUAGUAUAAGAAGAGACAGCUCUAGCAAGAAGCCACUGCCUGUGAUGGUUUUUAUCCACUGGGGUGGAUUCUUUUGUGGAUAUUCCGAUUCGGAUUACCUUGGUCCACAGUACUUCAUGGAUAAACGAGUUCUAUUAGUUACAUUUAACUACCGCCUUGGAGUAUUGGGUUUUUUUAGUACAAAUGAUGACGCUUCUCCAGGUAACUAUGGCUUAAAAGACCAAGUGAUGGCUCUCCAGUGGGUCCAAGAGAACAUUGAAAAUUUCGGAGGGAACAAAGAUAAAGUCACAAUUUUUGGGCAGAGUGCUGGGGCUUCGAGUGUUCACUACCACAUGCUAAGCCCACUUUCUAGAGAUCUGUUUCAUCAAGGGAUAUCAGAAAGCGGAACUGCAUUGGCCCUAUGGGCACAACCGAAUCCAGAUAAUCAGGCAUUGAUUGCCGUGGCUCAAGCUACCAUUGUAGGAUGUCCUGAUCCCAAAAAUAGCACGGCCGUGGUAGAAUGCUUGCGAAAAGUUGAUGGUGAAAUAUUGGUGGAAAGCGGUGACAAGUUCAAGACUUUUGCCAUUGACCCACUAAAUGUAUAUGGACCAGCAAUAGAGAAGAAAACGGUAAAAAAUCCGUAUCCAUUCAUAACCGAGCAUCCUAUAAAAUAUAUAAAAUGCAAACAGUUCCAUCAAGGUCCUUGGAUUGUAGGAAUCAAUAACGAAGAGGGGUUACUGAGAUCGGCAGCAUUGAUAAGACAAAGCGAAACUAGAGAAGCCUUGAAUAAUAGCUUUGAUAGUAUCAUGAUGAAUUUAAUGGGGCUUAUACUGAGCAUUGACAAGGAAAAGAUUCCAGGUGUUUGGUCAAAAAUCAAAGACUUCUAUUUGGAAGGAGGACAUGAGAUCGACGUCAGCAACUUUUAUACCCUGAAAGGAUUCACUGAUAUGUACUCUGACCGCGCAUUCAGCUACUCAGUCUAUCAAGCGGCAUUAUUUCACAAUUUUCAAGGACACGAAAAUAUGUGGUUUUAUAACUUCAACUAUUCCGGCCAAUAUUCUUAUGCACAAGUUUGGGCUGCCACGGACGAAGAUGUUGCUGGAUUCUACUGGGGUGUCAGUCAUAGCGAUGAACUUCUAUAUUUGUUCCAAACACCAGCAUUGUUUCCGCAUUUAGAAAACCCGAACGACAAAAUAAUGGUCAACAACAUGCUGAAUCUGUGGACAAAUUUUGCAAGAACUGGGGAUCCAACACCAGUACGCAGUCAAAGGCGCUGGUUAAAGAUGAGCCCAAAGGAUAGUCCUACGAAGAAUUUCAGAUACCUGAAUAUACACGGCAGCCAUAGAGAGAGUUGUCCACCAAAGUUCGAAAUGCGAGAGGGCCUCAACAGGGAUAGAUAUGCUUUCUGGGAAAAUCUCCCACUGCAUGAGAAUAUACCAGACCUUGACCAAGCAACAUAGCAUAUCUAUAUAAUGAAUCUAUAUCUGAGUGUCUAUCUUCUGCAGAACACCACUUUCCAGAAAAGUUUUCAUCUGGUCUUAACUUAUACUUACUGAUGACCUACUGCGGAAUAAUAAAGGACGUUCCAUAAUUAGACGAUAUCUUAUAAAAACUUAUAAUGGACUAAGCUGGGCCAAUAAGUUCCCAAAUGAACGAGAGAAGCUCAGCGCCAUUGCUAAUGUAUUUGAAUAUGAUGAGAGUCGCGUAAACGUUAACAGACGCGCCCUGUUACCGAUCGAGUACGAAGAGUUAUAAUACUCUCUUCGAUUUUGGUAUUUGACUUAUAGCGCAUGAAGAUUCAUGCUGUGGUGGUUGCUGUAGGCACGGCGCUUGUAUAAUGAAUGCGGUACCUCGACAUCUUGACCGAUGAGUGAAAAUACCAUUCGCAACCGUUGCAUAGUGGUACAAUGUAAUGGCUCCCAUCCACAAUCUGCGAUUACAAACGAUUACACGCGAGCACGAUCGUGUAGAGAGCAUACUCGGCUGUACUCGCCGAUCAUCGUCUAUGAUCGCCUUCGACCCGUGAAUUGUCGGAUUGUCGAACGCGCAUCAAAGGGAAUCGCCGGAUCGUCGUAGUAAGUAAGUGGUUGCAGCAACACACUCCACGUCCAUAUGACCAACUGCUACGGACACUUGUGUGAAUACUUGCACGACGCUCGAGGCUAUUAUGAACGAUCACACGAUCAACGAUCAUCGCCGAUAGUGGAGUGCAGGCAUAAAGUGUUCGACACCAUCUUCGGUCACUCAAAAAUCGGCAGCGCAGGUCCUUUGCAAGUGCUGUAGAUAGUUCCAUAGUAUUAGACUACUCGAAAAAUGGAGUGACAUGAGCUUGAGCAAUCAGAUACGAUAGUGAAUGACGGCCUUUAACGCGUUUAAUUUGCAGCACAAGAAUAUCAUUUUCCUGAUACACCGAAAUUAACAUGAUGCUAAAUCCAUAACGUUUCAGUAUUUAUAUAUCAUGUCAUUUAUACUAACGUUAAAUGUAUCGUAUUUUCCACUGUAUGUGAGGUAGCUCAGGCGGAUGGCAUUUCCAUAGCGCAAAUACGUAAAGGCUGUCAUUCGCAGUAAUCUUAGAUGACGUCACUCCAUCUUUCAGGUGCUCUCUAUUUAUCUAGAAUCAUCUACGCCUGCUGUAAAUCGAAGAUGAGAUUGAUUUUUAAUUGUUGGAAGUUCGGAAAUUUGUUAAUCCGAUUUUUGAACUGCCUCCUCAGGCAGGUUGUUCUACAAUCUCAACACCUUAGCGGUCGUACCGGCUAGUUCUGGAUGUACGAGGUCCGACACGGUUAGAAUGGUAAGACGAAGUUAGGCGGGUCAUGUGAGCAGCCCUAGAUUUUGCCCAUAAGCUGAAAUCGAAAUGAACGGCUUCCUAGAAAAAAUCGACAAUCCAUCGAAACCGGAUGUGCGAUUCUUGUUAGUCAAAGUACAGUACUGUAUUUUGCAAGCACUAACUGUACCAGAUUGUUGCGUCCCCAAGCAGCGUUAAUCUUGAGAUAUCUCGUCAGAUAUCGUAUUGAUCGAACCGGAGAGGAGGUAGCUCAGAUGUAAUUGAUAUACUGUCGGAGCAAGACAGGUUGCGAUUUUGGCAUGGUGGAGAAAUUGCGAAUGGGAGCUUAAGGCGGUGGUCAUACUGUCGAGACAUGACGCCAUCGUAUUCGUUAAUCAAAUGCCGUGUCCAUAUCAACCGCAUGAACAGUGCGUGGUCAAGGCCUCGUAACAUGUCACUUCCAAAAGAUGUUCAUCAUCCCGUAUUCCUCGUCCAUAAAGCUGCGUUCUCACGGAGCUUGGCAUCUAGCGUGAUUCUCGUAUUCGUGAGGGAGGAGAGUUCACGACGAAAAACUUUCGAUUUUUAGGCGUCGGCACUCCAGUUUAGAGCAAGACAGAUGGUAUUGUUGGUAUCUGUCCUUAAACGUCUGUUAGAAUGUGAAAUGAAACUGAUCUCCAAACAUGCAUAGCAAAUUUAUAAAAUUUUCAGUGUUUUCAUAUUUUAGAUCUUUUUGAUAACGUAUCAUUAAAUUUGUACUAAAAAAUGCACGAAUUUCAACCAGGAGCUCCAUGUGGAGCUACAAGGAAUUAACUGAAUAGUGAUCGUGUGAACCGCACAUGACCAUCGGCUGCAUCACUUUACACGCUUGAAUUAAGAGUCAUAGGUAACACAGAGUUUGGAAGCAUGUCACUCUGUCGCCUUUUGCCCAGUGAGAACGCAGCUUUACACAUACCGCAUUUGUAAAUUGGAAGAAGUAUUAUUGGCCUAGUUUUCGCCAUUCUGAUGAAGAGACCUAAUGUAUGACCAGUGUAUUACGGAAUCGGAGGAGCAACAACUGGGACUAUUGAAGCUGACAUUAAGUCACAUACACAUGCAGUGUAAUAUAAAGAAGGCUUUAUAAGUCAAUUUUCUUGCUUUAAGUAGCUUUAAUAAGACUAUUUUAAUUUUAAGUAUUAUCUCUUGUAUAUAAUUGCCUGUACACGCUACAAAAAUAAACAUGAUUGAAGAUGUUUCAUCUAGGUUUAUUUAAAGACCUUUAACACCGUUUUCUGUAUUCCAGAUCCAGAACUCGAUCCGCCGGGUAAAAAAACCUAUAUAAUGUCAAAAGGAAC